GACUAGGGGCUUUGAGCUUUUAGACAACGGUUGUAGGCAAAGUGGUUGGAUUGACAUCUAACGUUCUCGGGUCUUCGGGGGGUCAUUACACAGACGGUGCAGUGCCGUACUGUGGCUGGCUGGCUCCUGCAGCCGAGCCCGCAACAUCCCGUCUUAGGGUGCACAGGUGACAUGUUAAGUUGGCGAACAGCGCAUAAUAGGUUCAGAUACUGAUUUUCUACACGCAACGCGAUAGACUGCAACAAACCUAUCAUCCAUCUACACGGACGCGCGGACCACUGUCGCUAAGCUUUCAACGCUCGGCUAGGAGGCGCUAUAAGGCAGCUGUGCAAUCUAACAUGGCAGGAAAUUUGAGAACGCCGCUGGUGCCAAAGGAGGGCUAUGAGGGCGCUUCGGCUCCUCAAGAUCCUGGCUACCCGCAGUACGCUGGACCUUCAGGUAGCAGCUCCGCCCAACCUGUCACCGGCUACCCAGUAAUUGGGCCGUCCUACGGACCCUCAUCGGCGUACCCCACCAUUCCACCGGUGGGGCCCGGCUUUCAACCAUAUCCUCCCGCGGGCGCCUCCGGGGCCCACACGGGGCCAGUUGACGCCCCGCCUAUCAUCAUAUGCCGCCACGACCACCACCACUGCCAUCCGGAGCGAGCAGCAUGCGGAGGCUGCCACCGACUAGUGGUCCCGGAGCCUCAGAAGGAAUCGGGGCUAUGUUCCUUCAUCUCUGCAGUCGGGCUUUGCGCUUCGGGAUGCUGGCCGUGCGCUUGCCUUCCGUUUUGCUGCAACACGACCAAAGACACGGUGUACCGUUGCCCAAACUGCAGCAUGGAGAUUUACCGGCGACGGGCUCCGUUUGAGUAGGAGGAUAGGAGGAUAG